AUGAAAGCGUUGAUUGAAAGCUGGGAAGUGCAACGUAGAGCAUGCCUUCUGCGUUCGACACGUGGAGCACUUUGGUGCGUUGCUGUUGGGGAAGAAGCGAAAAUUGAAUGUUUUAAGGAAAAAUGUACAGAAAUCAAAAACUGCCGAGGAAUGCCACUAACAAUCAAGGGAAGGUGCUGCGCCGUUUGCUCAGAUGCGCUGUCAUCGGGUGCAGUAUGCAGCUACAGGAGUGCAGUGUAUAGCGUGGACGAGGAAUGGCGUGAUGGGCCAUGCCGGAACUGCACGUGCCAGCCCGGUGGCCGCACGAUGUGCAAGGAGCAGCAGUGUGCACCAUGCAACGAGCCCAUACAUAUAGCAGGACAGUGCUGCCCGCUCUGCAAAGAUGUGGGAUGGCGGUCUUUUGGCGAGGGCCAGCUACAUUCGGUGUUGGUAGGUAGCAACGAUUCGUCAUCGUCGAAUCUUUCAUCAUCAGCUUCACAGAUGAAUACGAUGCUUUACGGGCUCUGCUUGACCGGCUUCAUUCUUAUUGGUGUCAUCGUUUUCGUCCUCAUCUAUAAAUUGAUCAAACAAAGCAGAAGUAAAGAAGAAAAGGAUGAGAGUGUUGUUCGGUUUGGUGCUGCUGCCUAUUUUUCUGAUUAG